CAGCACACCCAUUGCCCCACUCAGACACACACACACGCUUCUCUCUUCAGCACUCUGCUUUGACAGCCGCUCCAUACAGUCGCUCCGGGAAUGGGAUCAUCAUCAGUGAGUGCGAAGAAAAACUUCCAGUUCUUUCGAGUGUACGCUCUCCAAAGACUACUUUUCGAACUGCGGGGAUAGCUGCAAGGUAGAGACCGACUGCCAGAAACAGCCCAAAACUUUACGCAUUAUCGAACGACCAAGAGAAGUGCAUCAAAGCGACUAAUGGGGUGACGUUUGAAAAUUUGAUUAUUUGACAAUUUAUAAUACAAUGUAUGGGGAAGAAAUUAUGAAUUAAUUAUUGCUUGAAAUAAAUUAACGUUUUAAAAGGGAUAAUUUGGGUAAAACAACAUUUUGGCUCGCAGUGAAUAAUAGUAAGUGAAUUAAAUUACUCGGAAAGUUUUAUAUUGGCAAGUGGGUAGAUGAUUUACGUAUAAAGAGAACGUCUGAGUGAAUUCGUGUUGGGCCUAUAGUAUUUUGCAGCCAAACCUAGAAACCCAUACAUUGUAACUGAUCAUAACCAGCCAUGGCGAAGUGGUUCAAAGAUUUCCCCAUCAAUCUGAAGAACGGAACUGAACGUGUUCGCUCAGCCUCGGAGUCCGGGCCCCAGCCCCAACCCAGAGCCGGGUUUACACCGGGGGCCAGUCUGAAGGGGUAUCGGGGCAAGGACAGUGGUGGAGUUAUAGGCUCGUUAAUGACCGGGAGAAAUCGGAAAAACUCUGCCAUUGAACUGGGUCGAAACGGUUCGGGUACUGGCGGGAACUCGUUAAGGGACGGUAAGAUUUGGGACAGUUUCAUCCCAGGGAAGAGUAGGAAGAAUUCCAAGCUCGAGAUGGGAACAUCUGAGGAGCAUCGGCCGAUUAGGACAUCCAGUUUGGCGCAUGCGUAUAUCAGCAGAAUGAUCAAGGUAGACAAGCAGGACAAGGGCCCAAAACACAGCAGCACUGGUGAACAAAUGGUAGCAGAAAAUGGGAGGGUGAAGUCAGACAUCAAAACAGCAAUGCUGAUUAUUCUGGAGGACUAUGCUGACCCAUUUGAUGCUGAGAAAACGAGAGGGCAGAGAGAGGCGGAGCGGGAGGGGGAGAACGAUGGUUACAUGGAGCCCUACGAUGCCCAGGUCAUCAUCACAGAUAUUCGCCGACGGGGCUCCAAGGACCUGCUGAAGGUGUGUGUGCUGCUCCCCAAGGGAGACCGGGAAGAGGGUACACCUGCACCCCCACACAUCUACGACACGCCCUAUGAGGGGUUGCUAGAGGCGGAGGCAGGAGGUGUGUGGAUACCUGUGGCCAGGCCAGAGUCUGACCCCCGGCCUCCUGGGGAGUACGAACUGCCCUGGGAGUGGAGGAAGGAGGAUAUCGUUAGAGCACUGACAGCCCAGUUUAAGAACGGAAUGAGCAAUGUGCCGCCUAAAGAGGAAGCUCCUCCACCCAGCAAGCAGCCGGCCCUGAGGCAGAAUACAUGGAAUAAGAAAAUCCUCAUCCCCUCUCCAUCCUCCCCCACCUCCCCCAUUCUCAAACUCUCUCCUUCCUCUGCCUCUCCCAACUCUCAUUCCACUCCCCCCUCUCCCACAUCUCACUCUUCCCCCACUCCAAAACUCUCACCGUCGUCCUCUCCUCCCUCCCCCACCUCCCCAGCCAAAGGGGAGGCAGCCAAAGUGGAUCCCACCCUCCCCCUGGAGAAGCAGAGCUGGUACCAUGGCAGUGUGAGUCGCCAGCAAGCAGAGGCUCAGCUGCAGCGCUGCAGGGACGCCAGCUUCCUGGUUAGAGACAGCGAAUCAGGGACCAGCAAAUACUCCAUUGCGCUCAAGACCAGUCAGUGCUGUGUCCACAUCAUCGUGGCCCAGACCAAGGCCAGUAAGGGUCUGGGUUAUACACUGGACCAGAGUAGCUGUGUGUUCAACAGCAUCCCAGAGGUGGUGCACCACUACUGCACUCACAGACUGCCCUUCACUGGAGCUGAACACAUGACCCUGCAACACCCAGUACCCAGGACACACUGAACACAGGACCCUGCAACACCUAGUACCCAGGACACACUGAACACAGGACCCUGCAACACCCAGUACCCAGGACAGACUGAACACAGGACCCUGCAACACCCAGUACCCAGGACACACUGAACACAGGACCCUGCAACACCCAGUAACCAGGACACACUGAACACAUGACCCUGCAACAACCUGUACCCAGGACACACUGAACACAGGACCCCGCAACACCCAAUACCCAGGACACACUGAACACAUGACCCUGCAACACCCAGUACCCAGGACACACUAAACAGAAGACCCUGCAACACCCAGUACCCAGGACACACUGAACACACAACCCUGCAACACCCUGUACCCAGGACACACUGAACACAGGACCCCGCAACACCUUGUACCCAGGACACACUGAACACAGGACCCCGCAACACCCUGUACCCAGGACACACUGAACAGAAGACCCUGCAUCACUCAGUACCCAGGACACACUGAACACAGGACCCUGCAACACCCAGUACCCAGGACACACUGAACACAGGACCCUGCAACACCCAGUACCCAGGACACACUGAACACAGGACCCUGCAACACCCAGUACCCAGGACACACUGAACACAUGACCCUGCAACAUCCAGAACCCAGGACACACUGAACACAGGACCCUGCAACACCCAGUACCCAGGACACACUGAACACAUGAACCUGCAACAUCCAGUACCCAGGACACACUGAACACAGGACCCUGCAACACCCAGUACCCAGGACACACUGAACACAUGACCCCGCAAACACCCAGUACCCUGGACACACUGAACACAGGACUCUGCAACACCCAGUACCCAGGACACACUAAACAGAAGACCCUGCAACACCCAGUACCCAGGACACACUGAACACACAACCCUGCAACACCCAGUACCCAGGACACACUGAACACAGGACCCAGCAACACCUUGUACCCAGGACACACUGAACACAACCCCGCAACACCCUGUACCCAGGACACACUGAACAGAAGACCCUGCAACACUCAGUACCCAGGACACACUGAACACAGGACCCCGCAACACCCUGUACCCAGGACACACUGAACACAGGACCCUGCAACACCUUGUACCCAGGACACACUGAACACAGGACCCUGCAACACUCAGUACCCAGGACACACUGAACACAUGACCCUGCAACACCUUGUACCCAGGACACACUGAACACAGGACCCUGCAACACCCUGUACUCAAGACACACUGAACACAGGACCGUGCAACACCCAGUACCCAGGACACACUGAACAGAAGACCCUUCAACAUCCUGUAUCCAGGACACACUGAACACAUGACCCUGCAACACCCUGUAUCCAGGACACACUGAAAACACACCCUUUUAGAGGAGCAACAGGAUUUCGGUAUCCAAUUUGCCAGAGAGUGUGAUUUUCUCCUAUUCACAUCCUAGUGGCCAAAUACACUCUGCAUAGCACACACACACACACACCCACAUACACACAAAUACAUGUGUACAGACACACACACUCAUACACCGCAGUGACGGUAUUUAUAGUUCAGAGUAAAACACUCCCUCUCCUCACAUUCUGCCUCAUUGUUGAAAAUGGCUCCCAUAGAAACAGAUUAAAACUGGGUCAUAUGCCAUUCAUACACUGUUUACACCAAAGAACUUUAGGUGGACAAAUUAUAUGUAUGUAUUGUUAUGAUUGAAUAUUACUGGGAUUACCAAAGAUUUUGUUUAACCAUUUGGCCCAUGGCUACCAUUGCCAUUAUAUAUGAUUUCCUUUUUGCGUUUGUGGUCUGUGACUGUUUCAUGUCUCUGCUUCAGUUGAUUGCAUUCUUUCCUCUUUUCCCCUAAGGAAUCAUUGAUCUGACAGGACUGCAUUGAGGACAACAAUGCAUUAGCCCAAAACGGAUGGUUUUAGGUUUAUUUGCUGGAUGGUUAAAAGUGGAAGGAAAGCAUCUUAUCAGCAGUAAUAAGAGUUCCAAGUGAAAUGCACUGAAUAUAGUAGUAUAGUACUAAUGGAUCCUAUCAGCACAAGGGUAGCUAGUUAGCCCUGAUCAAUAUUGUUAAUUGCAGUGCAUUCAUUUAUCAGAUUGUUCAACCAAUCUUCAAUACAUCUGUUAACAAGUCAAUCAAUCCUGUUGAUCAGACUCAUUGAAAGGGUGGUUUGUCUGUCAACAGAAAGCAGCAUUAUUGAUCUGAUAGGGUUCAGGUCUGGGGGAGGAGGUUUUAGUUGGGAAUGUUCAGCUUUGCCGUGUGUCAUGCAUUGGGAAAUAUUAGGCCGGAUUGAUUUGUAGCUGUUAGAAAGUAGAAUGGUCUGUUACAUUACAGUACAGUGCCUGUUAGAAGGCAGGGUGGUCUGUUACAUUACAGUACUGUGCCUGUUAGAAAGUAGAAUGGUCUGUUACAUUACAGUACUGUGCCUGUAAGAAAGUCGAAUGGUCUGUUACAUUACAGUACUGUGCCUGUUAGAAAGUCGAAUGGUCUGUUACAUUACAGUACUGUGCCUGUUAGAAGGCAGGGUGGUCUGUUACAUUACAGUACUGUGCCUGUUAGAAAGUAGAAUGGUCUGUUACAUUACAGUACUGUGCCUGUAAGAAAGUCGAAUGGUCUGUUACAUUACAGUACUGUGCCUGUUAGAAAGUUGAAUGGUCUGUUACAUUACAGUACUGUGCCUGUUAGAAGGCAGGAUGGUCUGUUACAUUAUAGUACCAUACUGUUGGGAUAUGUGAUGGUUUCUGUAAUAAGCCCGGCUUGUUUUUGUAGAAUGUGUGGAAAACUGUAAUGUUGACUGGAAUAAAGGGAAUGUGCAUUACGUU